AUGCCCGCUCCCUCCGCCGCCGCCGCCGCCGCGCUAGGCCCCGGCCACGCAGGCCGCGCUAGGCCCCGACACGGGCGGCAGUGGCGGCGGAGGCAAAAGGGCCGCGCCUGGGCGGCCGGGCGGGGGGAGGGCGGGAGGCCUGCGCCGCGCUCCCUGCAAGGCCCAGUGGGAAUGGCAGCCGCCGCUGCCGUGGCGACGGGUAAAAAACGGAAGCGCCCCCACAUUUUUGAGUCCAACCCCUCGAUCCGCAAGAGGCAGCAGACACGUUUGUUACGAAAACUCCGGGCCACGCUGGACGAAUACACCACCCGUGUGGGGCAGCAAGCCAUUGUUCUGUGCAUCUCGCCCUCCAAACCCAACCCUGUGUUUAAAGUGUUUGGCGCAGCACCCCUGGAGAACGUGGUACGCAAAUACAAGAGCAUGAUCCUGGAAGACCUGGAGUCAGCUCUGUUGGAACACGCACCUGCGCCGCAAGAGGUUAACUCUGAGCUGCCCCCUCUCACCAUCGAUGGCAUCCCGGUCUCCGUGGACAAGAUGACCCAGCCAGAGGUGGCUGCCAGCAAACGUGUUGGGAGUCACACUGCGCAGGCUGGCCAUGCACAAGGCGCUCUGCCGGCCGGGGCUGAAAUUCAGGGAGGUCCUCUUGAGAAUGCCGCUUUGAGUUUCCCAAAAAUCCCCAGCCCACUGCUGCACCUCAGUGGGCCAGUUAUAACAUGGGCAGAGGACGCGUUCAGCCCUGUGGGAUCCUUCGCCCUCCCUGAAUUAUUGCCCGUGUCUUGCAGCGAAGCAGCCGCCCACGCCGUCGCCACCCUCGCCGAAGCCACCCUUCAAGGCGGCGGGCAAAUUGUCCUCUCUGGGGAAACCGCAGCGGCCGUCGGAGCGCUCACUGGAGUUCAAGAUGCAAACGUGCUCAGCCAGAUGCCCUGGAAGGCUUGGAAGGGGGGACAGAUUGAGGUGGCUCCUGCUGCCACUCCACUGCACGGACUCGUCCAGAUCCCCGUGAGCAUGUACCAGACAGUGGUCACCAGCCUCGCUCAGGGGAACGGUCCCGUUCAGGUCGCCAUGGCCCCUGUGGCCGCAAGGAUAACGGACAGCACCGUCACCAUGGAUGGCCAGGCAGUGGAAGUCGUGACGCUGGAGCAGUGACAGCGGGGCAGCCGGAACUCGAGGCCGCUGCUUCCUCCUCCUCCUCUCUCGCGCAAAUAAUUUUUCUACGCCUCUCCGGAGAUGCAGUCAGGUGACGUUUUGGUCUCGCAGCUUUGGAAGCCUAGGGUUUUGAUCACAAAAGAGGAGAGAGAGAAAAAAAUAGAGCCAAAGGGUUAUGUUGGAGCGUGGCGUUAUGCGCCGUCCUGAUCUCGAGGGAGCGAGGAGACCAAGCGUUCUUCCCCGACUGCAUGGACCAUCCUUUCUUAGAACGAGGGUCCCUCCCUUCUCCAGGGCUCCAUGGCAGGCUUCGGUCGCCUCUUCCUACAGAGGCACGUAGAGCCAGGCUCCUCUGCUGUCCUCGUGCUGAGAAUUAGGUGUCAUUUAAACAUGGACAUAAAUUUAUAGAGAGAGAGGAUUGAGUGAAUUUGGAAGAGACGUGUUUUUUUCUUUGAAAAGGUGCGAAAGAGUUAGACGCUCCUAGAGGCAUCAAGCGAGGACCGCUAUCCAUCGGUCCUGGAUCCCUAUAAGAAAGAGAGUGCCCCGACCUUCCAUGGGUUGGGCGCGACCCGACACUGUGGGUCCCGCGCCGUCCCCUCCCUUUUUUAAGUCCAAGCUUGAAAACCUGCCCGCCCCUCUUUCGCCACCAGUUCAUUUUUGCUUGCGUUUUAAGAAACGUCUUCUCCGAAGCUCAGAAGGACCCACUGGGAAUUCGGGAGCGGGGCUCGGGAACAGGGGUGUUGCCAAGGGGCACAGGGGUGAGAUCGUUGUCUCCUUCGUCGCUCGGGCAGAGAGGUCGUCCUGGGCCAUUUGCUGCGGUUGCAGCAGAGGGCUUUAGGAUAAAUGUUGUUGAGUCAGACCUUCUAGCCCUUGGAGGUCCAACACUUUAUGGCCCUGAAUCUUCCUUCCCGUCCCCUCUGGCUCCACAUCAGCCUCUCUCGUCUCCCACCCAGUCAAAACACCUUCGGGCACCCCCAUUCGCAUCUGGCUCACGUUAGCCGAGACCUUCCCUGUGCUCUCUUUCUCAACCACAGCAAAGUUCUUGUGUUGCUGCCAGCUGUGUGUGGACACAUAUCCCAACGUGCCCAAGUGUCCUAGAGAGAUGUGGCAGGCAUCGGGGUCCCCAAAAGCCACCUGGCCCAGGAGGCAAACCGGGCAGACGCCCUUCAGGGAGACGUCUCAGAGGUCCAGCUUUUCCACCCAGUCUCCUAACUGCCCCGGUGCAUUUCCAGCAGCAGACUUUUACAUAACUCUCCAGGGAAGCCGCAGCUGUUUUGUUGCGCUGUAAAGAAGCUGAGCGCUGCCGUGUUCCUCUUCAGAUAUACGUUCGUGUUCCUCUCUCUCCCUGCCCACCGGUGCCUGGAACUGUUCACAACUUUUAUGGUUUUUCCUCUGACUUCAAGUGACACAGCCUUUUGCCAGAUCUCUCAACAUCCAUCUCCGCUUUCAAAGAAAAAUCCUUUUGGUUGUUUUUUUUUUCCUAGAUUCUUGUAUUUACUUGGGGUGGGGCUGGGUGGGGUGGGCGGAGUUUAUGGAAAAAUCUCAACUUUUUUGUAUAUUUUCUUUUCCUGGACUAAAAUUGAGGUAAGGGAAGCCUUCCCCUAGAAACCAACCCAGGACUCCAAUUUAUUUUUUUAAUAUUAUUAUUUUUUAUUGUCGUCGUGAAGAUGUCAGGUGUGACUUUAAAGUCAGUGUUCCUUUUGGACAAUGGAAUAACGCUCUGAUGAGACUGAGAAAUUGUUCCCGAGACCCAAAGAGAAAACCAUCCCCCUUUUCACACCACCCCCUAUCCCAUAGCAGAGCAUGGAAUUACCAGACUCCCCUCACCCCAAUUCUGUCUGUUGCCUCAUUCAAUAAAUUGUUACAAACGUGUCCAUAA